AUGAUGAGCUCGCACCAGCAACACCACGGCUAUGGAUUCCUCUCGGGCAUGGAUCUUCAUUCCGUGCACCACGUGACGCAAGACAUGAACGUGGCCAGCCAGCAGACGUCCGCGUCUCAGGAGCAACACAUCAAGAGGCCCAUGAACGCGUUCAUGGUGUGGUCCAGGAUCCAGCGGAAGAAGAUCGCCCUGGACAAUCCGAAGAUGCACAAUUCCGAGAUAUCGAAACGGUUGGGGGCCGAGUGGAAGCUUCUAUCCGACUCGGAGAAGCGACCGUUUAUCGACGAGGCGAAACGUUUACGGGCGAUGCAUAUGAAGGAGCAUCCGGACUACAAGUAUCGUCCACGAAGAAAACCGAAGGUUCCAGUCUCUUCUGUGUCAGGGAAAGGUGGCUCGAUGGGCUCGGGUGGUUUCCCAAGUUUCCCACUUCCGCCGUACUUCGCUGCUCCAGCUGCUCCGGUGUCACAUCAUCAUCACCAUCCGCACCCUCUCGAUUACCCGCCUCUGCCGCCUUACUUCGGUUCUGCGUUCGACGCUGUCCACCUGAGCAAAUUGGUAGCGGGUAGCAGUGGCACAGGAUCGACCUCUACGAGCGCUGCUGCGGCUGCAGCCGCGGCAGCAGCCGACGCAGCUAACAAUAACGCAGCUUCAGCAGCAGCGGUGGUCAGCAGCUUCUACUCGGGUUUCUACUCGUCACCAACGACAGCAGGUAAGCCGUACCCCAACACGGCGUCACAUCUGGGCCCGUUGUUCUCGACUGGACAUCACGGGGUCGGCGCAACCGCACCACAUCCGCCCCUAAUGUUCCCAUCGUCGUCCGCGACCGGAUCGGGCAGCAUCGUAACAACAACAAGCAGUCCCGGUAGCAGUCCUGGGACCACACCGAUCCCGUCCUCCCAUCAUCAGGUGCAAACACCGACGUCUUCUACCACACUCGACCUCGAACAGCUACGCAGACCCGUAUCCGUGAUAUUCUAG